AUGGCCGCACGCUCCUUCGCGGCCCAAUCGUCGCCGCCGCCGGGGAUCCUCGAGCACCAUCAUCCUGGCACGCAGUCCAUGGCCGCCUCCCCAUGCAGUCCCUUUCUUGCUGCCGGCAGAAAUCCUGUUAAUCCCUUCCUCUUCUCCUUCUCUUCCUCCAGUGAUCUUUGCUGGAUCCUGCCGCCAUCAACACCAGGCAUCGGAACCCCGGCCCUGCACUCCAUCACCACGCCUUGUCUUCUUCGCGCUGCGGCUGCUCCGCAUCGCACCUAUUUGCCCAGCAAAAUGCUACACUUUUGGUGCAAAACCGUCAAAGAUGAACUCAACAAUCUCCGAGGCGACGGCAGAACCAAAAAGUACGAGGAGUGGGACCAUGUGUACCGCUAUGACUACUACAAUGACCUCUGUGAGCCGGACAAGGGCUAUCCGCAGCCGGUUCUCAGUGGCACCGAAGAACUCCCCUAUCCCCGUCUUGGCAGAACUGGCCGACCCCCAACAAAAACAAACCCUAGAUUGGAGAGCAGAAUUCCUCAGUACAAGAUACAGGAGGCCCUCAACGUCACUGUCCCGCGUGAUGGUAUUUAUGCAUCUUCCUAG